AUGAACGCACGUGGACUGCUUUUGUUCGUUACUUUGGCCCGUCUGUGGUCAGGUUGUGUUUGUCUGCCCGCCUCGUGCAGUAUACUACAGAUAUCGUUCUUCAAGACAUCGCAGGUUAACUGUUACAACAUGAACCGUACGACUAUUCCUGCUGACAUACCGACCAACGCCGAGAGCUUGACCAUCUUGUCCAAUAAAUGUGACAUCCGAAAUGUCACGUACAUACCGCCACUCCCGCGGCUGCGUAGGCUGGGCCUAAAUCAUAACUGCAUAGAAUACUUUUCCUGGAUAUCUCUACGUGUUCUGCCAAACCUGAGGUCUCUUUCCCUCAUGAACAACCGACUUCGAACCGUAAGACUGGACACCGUUAUUCGGUACCUCCCGCACCUGAGAAACGUCGACCUACGUUUCAACAAACUCGCGUCGUUUUCCGAGUAUGAGCUGGGGAGGCCGCAGGUGAGCAAGGUAAUUGUCAACGACAACCCAUUUCACUGUGACUGUGAGCUUUCCUGGCUGAUUGAAAAGAUGGCGUGUUUACGGGACUGUCAGCCAGGAGACAAGGGGACCUGUUGUUCGUCAUGUUCGGCCUGCUUUGUCGCCAGAGGCCCGAAAGGUAGAGCUUAUGUCUGCAAGAGUCCCAGAGAACUGGAGAAAUUAAAGUUGUCAGACGUGUCUGUCAGCUGUGCAGCACACCAGUCUCCCGCAAAUCCUGUUUCUAUAUCUGCAGCUUCGGCCAAGUCUCCUACGGGUUUUGGAGCAUGUCAGUCUACCACAGAACCUGCCGCUAUAUCAGCACCUACAGAGGGGACUAGGAGUCAAAUACAUCGCAAUGAAACAUCUCUUUCCAUGACCCCGACAGGCUCUGCACAAACCAUUAUGACUUCAUCUUUUAACGCCAUGGAUACACCUGAACAACAAGAAAAUGAAGGUUUUCCGGUUCUCUACAUCCUUGUGCAAGUGAGCCGCGCGACGACAGACGGGAUUCGAACCCCCAACCUCCUGGUCCCUGAGCGGGUCUAG